AUGACUGAUCAGGUCGUUGAAAAAUGCAUUUGUCAGAUUUGUCAAUGCGGAAGGCAUAAAUGUGAUCAUGUAGAUGCAGAUUUAGGAUUUGGAAAUGGUAUCGAAGAAAAUCAAACGGAAUAUGGAAUGCAGUAUCCUGCUAAACAAGCUCCAAGAGAGCGUCAAGCUAAAUCGAGAAAUGCCACGUUUUUGUCAGAUGGAGAUUUUGAUGGCACAACAAUAAAUCGGCAGGAUUAUGGAGAGAAAAAGGUUGCUCGCAAUGCUCCUUUUAAAUUUGUGAACACUGGACCUUUGGACUCUGGUGAAUUUUUGGCAGACACAACACAGAGAGUUGAUUUUCAGGGAAAAUCGAUAAACCGACAAGCCCCUUUACGCCCAACAACAAAUGGUUUACAAAGUGGAGAAUUUGAAGGAUAUACGACUCAUAAAUCAGAUUUUGAUUAUAAAGGGGAUCCAAGAACCGGAGUUAUACGAGGUCCCCAAGAUGCUCAACUGUUCUCGGGUCCAUUCAAUUCAACAACCACUAAUCGAGCUGAUUUUGACAAAAAACAGGCGGAGAGAAGUGGAAUUCUAAGGGGGCCAACUAGUACUAAUAUGUUUGGUGGACAGUUCAACGGGACUACAACAAAUAAGACUGAUUAUGAUCAGAAACAGGCGGAACGGAAUGGAAUUAUACGAGGAGCAGCAGAUGCUCAAUUGUUUUCGGGCCCGUUCAAUGGACAAACAACAAAUAAAUCUGACUAUGAUCAAAAGCAGGCCGAACGUUCGGGAAUCCUUCGUGGGCCUACAAACACUGAGAUGUUCUCCGGUCCUUUUAAUGGACAGACAACUAAUAAAUCGGAUUACGAUCAAAAACAGGUAGGAAGAUCUGAAAUUCUAAAGGGUCCAGCAAAUACGGAAAUGUUCUCAGGACCAUUUGACGGUAUCACCACUAACAAAGCUGAUUUUGAUAAAAAGCAGGCAGAUCGGCAACAACGUUAUCCACGAGCACAAAAUGAUGACCGUCUUUCAGCUGGCUCUUUUUAUGAUACCACCACCAACAGAGCAGAUUUCGAUAGGAAACAGGCCAGUCGCCCAAUGCCAUUCAAAGCAGCAGACGACUCACAAUUGACUUCUUCUGGACCAUUUCUAGUUUUGUCUACUAAUCGAGCAGAUUAUGUCAAAAAACAGGGGGAUCGUUCACUUCCAAUUCGAAACACAAAUGACACUUCAACUCAUUCAAUAAAUGCUCCAUUCGAAGGAGAGUCUACAAAUCACGCAGAUUUUCAACGAAAACAAGCGGAAAAGUCCAAACUGACACGUCCCCAUUCUUCGUCGAAUUUAUUGUCCCCGAAUGCCUCAAAGUUCGAUGCAACGACAACGACGCGCGCCGAUUUUAUUCAGAAACCACACGUCAGAGUAAUAAACGUGAAACCAAAAGAUGAUUCCUUCUCUGGACAUGUUUCUCGUUUCGAUGCAAACACAACUUACCACGACGGGUUUCAAGAAAAAAGUGCUGAAAAACUUCCAAUGCAAAGAACAAAAGAUGAACUUCAUGUUGGUGAAGGAAAAUUCUAUGGAGAAACUACGCAGCACAGUGAUUUCAUUGAAAAACACGUGGAUAUUUGUCCAGCUGAAAAAGUUUUGACAAGAAGAGAUCGAUCAUUUGAGUUCAAAAGAACUGCAAAUGGACACAGAUACUACGAACAACGUGUCACUCAUGGUACAAUCCAACCAAAUCGCCUCGUUCCAGUAGAAGCUUAAUAAUUACCGUAAUCUAUUCAUAUUUUUUUGAAUUUUAAAGCAUGCUCAUUCAUUUUCAAAAUUCAUUCUGGAACUCAAUUUCUAGGCAAUAACAAACAUCUUGAUUAAUACGUCUUUCAAAAUUUAUGAUUGCUGAACCAAUGUUCUUUUUCUGGUUAGUAUUAGGCACCUUUUGAUUGUGUAUGGUGUAGGUAAAUAAAUACUUGAAUUUGUUAGAGGA